AUGGGAUAGUUGAGGUCAAAGGAACAAAGAGGAAGGAAGCUUUUUUAAUUUAAAUUUUAAAAUAUAAUGUAAAGUUUCAGAUUAAUAGCAGAUGAUAGUAUGAAAUUUACAGUCGGAAGCUGGUUUGUCUUUGAUUUUGAUGGAUUAAUUAACAUAAAUACUUAUCAUUAAAUGAAUUGUAAAUUUCAUGAUGGAGAGAAGGAGAAAAACAAUUUAUGUAGUAAUUUUUUAUCACUUCUUUAGAAAGAUCAAUUGAUGGUAAGAUAUAUUUAGGUUAAUGUUGA